UGUUUCUCUAUCUAUAGAGAGGGAGAGCUAGAGGCAGGAGCCUUUACCACCGCUAAAGAGAAAUAAAAGAAGAGAAAAAGAAGAAACAAAAAUUGAACAAAAAAUAAUAUAUUAUUGAGAAGAAGAUUUGGGAAUUUAGGUGACACCUAGAUUGGGUCAUUUGACAAUGGAGUUUAUCAUUUGGUGGAAAAGACGGAUGCCAGGAUAUUGAUGUACUUUACCACGGCUUCGCAGUUGAUUUUAGGCGAAAAGAACGUCCAUUGCAAAGGACAAUUAAUACAUAUAAAACCAAGAAGGAAUACCUGUUGUUGAUGGAGGGGUCUGGCAGUCCUCGUUUCAGGAAGCUUCAUUUCCCUGUGGGUCUGUGGAUCAACUCACCCAGGAAACACUUUGCCAAGCUGGGGGGUCGCUGGCCCAGCGCUGCCUCUGUCAAGUCCACCACCAGCUCUGACGCAGCCUCCCUCCAUGAGGCCCCCUCUGCCCCUUCCUCCUCCCUCUCUGUCUCCACCCCCUCCCUGGCUCCCUCGUCCCCCUCUCCCUCCCCGGCGUUCCUCAGGCCCCGGCCCUCCGCCCCCCAGUCUCGCACCAAGCGCCUUUCCCACCUCUUCCUGCGGGGGCGCUCUAACAGCGACCGUGACCGGGCCGUGGGGGAGAGGGAGAGAGAGUUGUGGGCUCACUCCGCGGCACCCUCGUCGCACCACUACCUGCCCCCGGCCUCCUCCACCGCCCCGGGCCUCAUCAAGAUCUACGGGGAUGCCCUCUCCAGCGGAGCCAACUACCGAUCGCUGCUCGCCAACGUCCACUCCACCGCCAGGCAGCUCAUCGCCCAGGUCAUCACCCGAUACACGGAGAGAGAGAGGGAGGAGACGGAGGAUGCAGUCCUCCAGAAACACUGCCCAGAAGACUUCCUGUUGUGUGAUGUCAUCGGAAAGCCCAUCCAGCAGCCAGAUGGAGCUGUCCAAUGGGAGACGGAAUGUCGGCGGGGUGUGGCCCCUUGGGAAUGCCCCUUGUUAUUGGUGGACAUGUGGAGGCCGAAGGACGGAUUUGAGCGACGCUUUGAGAUGCAGAAGCGGGAAGAUUACGAGAGGGAGGAGAAGGAGAGGGAGAGGGAGGGGGAGAACUAUCAGUUCAAAGAGCAACUUUACUGA